GUGUGACUCAAGUGACAUACCCUAAGAAACCAAAGCAUGAUUUUAGUACAUAGUACAUAAUGAAGGGAUUGAUGCUUAGCAAUUACCUACCAGUACUUCUUUUUUAUUAAACUAAAAUAUAAAUGCUAUUUGUGACUCAUGUGACAUGUUUCGACGGUGUAAUCAAUUAAAGUUGGGCGCUAGUGCGCUUACGCAUCAGUGCCGCCGCGCCGGCGAUGCUCAUUUCGCUCAAGCGGCGCCGCCCUGCCAAAGUGUUUCAUUGGGCAUAUUAGCCGUGGUUGCGAAAGAGCACUAGGAAAGAAACUAAGACUUGGUGGAUGAAUAUUGGACCAGAGCUGCAGCUGCAUAAGUCUUAUUUUUUUCCUUCUUACCACUUUUUACCACCGUGCCUGACACUCCUCGAGUAGGUGAUGGGUGCAGGUUAAACAUUCUCAAACUAAGGCACUAAACUACAUGUUUAUUUGUGUAUGCUGUUUGCACAGUACAUGAUUGAGAGAAAAGAAAAGUGGUGGUUGCCGUAAUCAUGAAGGUCACUGAGAAUGAAGAUGGUUUAAUUAUCACGUCUGAAGGAUUCUCUUAUGGUGACUUCAAUAAAGCCCAUAAAGUGGAUCUUUGGAAAUUAUCAAAGCACUUUGAGUCAAGUCGAGCUGCGACAAUGAGUCUUACACUGAGGAAAGAUUUUCAACUAGAUUCGAGCUCCACCUUCUUCCUGGUUUAUCAAACAUCAGAGUUCUCACAAGAAUUUCAUGACAUAGCGGAUAUGUUUUUUCCUUGGUACAUGAAAACUAAAAUUUGUUAUGUGGGAAAGACAUCAUUCUGGUAUGAUUCAGCAACAUACUGCCAGAAGACGGGCAAGUUGCUCUCUCAAAAUUUCAGCCAAGGAGUGAAAGUCUGUGUGGAUUCACGAAGAUCAGUCGAGCUUCCUGUUGGGAGUGCUGACAAAUACCGAGCAACAGCACUCACCAAGCCACCACAAAGAUGUACCUUUCCAUCGAUCCCUCCGGUCAAGGAACGAUCAUUUACCUGCACCACCAGAGCGUUGCCAAGUGACACAGAUAGCAAUGGCCAUGUUAAUCAGUCAGCAUGCUAUAAGUAUUGCUAUGAUGCUGCAAGCCUUGCUGCAUUACAAGGUAAUGUCUUCACUAAAUUCAGCAAAGAUUUUGCUUACUACGAUGUGAAGAAAAUCUCUGUGGAAUAUGUUGGAGAAAUCAACGCAGGUGACGAUGUCGAGGUCCUAUGUUGGGAAGAUGUCAAUAACCAGUGCACUUUGUGUUUUAUUCUUAGUGUAAGAAAUAAAGUUGUCUGUAGAUGUGUAGGUGAGUGGUUUGCUGGUCCAGACGGGAUGCCUAUCUCAAGGAAAGGAAGGUUGAAUAUACAUUUGAGUGCAAAUAUGUAAUUUGAUAUCAGCUAUCGGAUUCAAAUCACUUGUCAAUCCAUAUAUUUUACCAUUUGGUUGAUUGUUUCUAAAAGAAAAUUAUUUCUCGCUGUAUUUGGCUUAUUGCUCUAUGUUUAAUAUGCCAGAAUUUUUAAGUCUCAGAUUGAUGAAUUGAAAGUGUAGAUAUGAAAACUGUCUUAACACAUGGGUCCCAACUCCAAAGGCACAUUUAUAUGCAAUUUUUUUUAUGAGGGAAAUUUAGUUCUUUACUCUGAAAAUGUCUUUCUCUUCUUCACUCCUGAAUCAUUUGCAAUAUUUGAAUUUCUUUCAAAUAUUUGUGAAGGAUUGCAAGGCUACAUAAAUGUGAUUUCAUAAGCCAAUGGAAGCUCACUUUAUAAUUGAGACUAUUGUGCUAUAGUCAAUGUUAAUUAUGAGAUCAGAAUAUCAUCAAUGCAUCAAGUUGCUCAUUUAUGAGUAGAACUUUUUUUUCACAUCUAUGACCUAUUAUCCUUUCAUGUGAUCAGAAUUUAGACAGAUGAUAAUAUAGAUUUAUAGAGCACAGAGACUACCUUUGUAUAUAAGACCUUUGUAUAUACUACAUUUGUAUAUGCUUGUUAUUGAUGAAAUAGAGUCAUUUUGAGUUUUGGCUUGAAGUUGUUUUACAGAUGGUGGUUUCCUGACUUCUAUGGGUAAACUAUUCCAGUUUUGGGGCAACACAAACAAAUGCUCAAUCACUUAGGCCGGAAUUCACAAAGAUGGUUUUGAAAACCCACGGUUGAGUCCAUGGUUUAUGCAGAUUUCCUGUAUAAAUUACGCUUGA